AUGGCUUCAUCUUCCUUCUCUAAACCCGCGAAUUUCAACCAAAAGCUCUUCAUCAUCUCCCUCUUCCUCAUCUCCUUCUCCCUCCUCCUCAUCGUCUUCUCCUUCAAGCCCCAACCACCCCAUUUCCCUGACUCUCCCUCACUCCAAACCAAGCCUCUCCCCCUCACAAACAAGCCCAAAUGGCUCGAACUCAUUCAGGAACACGUCGCCGGUCAAAAAAUAAAAGUUGGUUUAGUCAAUGUAAAUAAUUAUAUACAUGACGUCCAUGGAACGUCCGCUGAAACCGUUCAUAUACAUUUCGAUCGUGUUCCCGAUGAUAAAAGAUGGGGUGACUUUUUCCCGGAAUGGAUUGAUGAAGAUCACAAGUGGCACGCGCCGUCGUGCCCGGAAAUUCCGAUGCCAAGGCUGGAAGAGUACAGGGACCUUGACGUGAUAGUGGCGAGAGUUCCAUGCGGCGGAGGAAACGAGAAGGAGGGGAUUAGGGAUGUGUUUAGGUUACAGGUUAGUCUCGUGGUGGCAAAUCUUGCGGUGGAGAGUGGGAGGGUGAACCCGGAUUCUGAUCGGACGGUGUACGUUGUGUUUGUGGGGUCUUGUGGACCUAUGAUUGAGAUAUUUAGAUGUGAUGAUAUGGUGAUGCAUGUAGGGGAUUACUGGGUUUACAAGCCGGAAUUGAGAAUUAAACAAAAAGUUAUUAUGCCUGUUGGGUCAUGCCAAAUCUCUCCUGGAUAUGCAGAAACCGGAAGAGAGGAAUGGAGAUAUUUCAUGCAAAAAAAAUUGAAUUAUGCCGCACACUAUGAAAGAGAAGCCUAUGUAACAGUUCUUCAUUCCUCAGAAGGUUAUGUUUGUGGAGCAAUCGCUUUGGCGCAAAGCACAAUCCAAAGCAACACUAAUAGGGCUAACUUCUUCUCGGUACUAGGGAACCAAGUGCGAGAGUUGUGUCUUUUGGGCCAGCUCAACAUUUCAUAUGUACAUUUUGUUGGUGUCAAAAUCACGCAUCAACAAGACUCAUACAAUGAAUGAAACUACAGCAAGCUUCGCGUAUGGCAACUCAUUGAAUAUGAGAAAGUAAUUUUUAUCGACAGCGAUCUUCGUGUCUUAUGGAACAUUGAUAAGUUCUUCUUUUACCCGUUGUUAUCAGCUACAGGAAACGACGGGUCGUUGUUCAACUCAGGGAUUAUGGUGAUCGAGCCAUCUUUGUGCAUGUUCGAGAAGUUAAUGGUGAAGAGCUUCAAAGUGGCUUCAUAUAACGGAGGGGAUCAAGGUUUUCUCAAUGAAAUUUUCACAUGGUCGCAUAGAUUGCCUUCGAAGAUUAAUCAUCUCAAGGUGUUUCGUACUAUUGAUAAUAAGGAUGGCAACAACAAUGAACAUCGAAUCUCGGAAAAUCUUUAUGCGAUUCAUUAUUUGGGAUUGAAGCCAUGGUUAUGUUACAAGGAAUAUGAUUGUAAUUGGGAUAUGGUGGAUCACCAUAUAUUUGCGAGUGAUUCAGCUCACAAGAAAUGGUGGAGAGUUUAUGAUGCCAUGCCGAAGAAGUUGCAGAAAUUCUGUGGGUUAACAAAGCACAUGAAUUCGAGGAUUAAGAAGUGGAGAGGGAUAGCUAGAAAUUCAAGUUUUGUUAAUGGACAUUGGAAGAUUACAGUAAGAGAUCCUAGACAAUACCAUCUUGUUCAAUAAUUG